UGUUUCCGCUACGCCACAGCGGGAACUCCUAGUUAUUAUUUUUAUCAGGACUCCCAGGACCCCUAUAUUUCUCACUUCUUUAAAGGCAGGACAGCACACUCCCUGACAUGGGCUUUUGGAGUCUGAAAAUCAGUUGUGUUUGACCUUGGGUAAAUUACUUAAUGUAAGCCUCAGUUUGCUCAGCUGUAAAACAAGGAGAGUAAUACCUGCACCUCACAGAAGUACAGUACCCAGUGUGUGUCCAAAAAUGGCAGCUAUGAGAACUACCUGCCAGGAACCAUGGAGUCCUUCAGCUCAAAGAGUCUGGCGCUGCAAGCGGAGAAGAAGCUACUGAGUAAGAUGGCAGGUCGGUCUGUUGUUCACCUCUUCAUCGAUGAGACGAGCAGCGAAGUGCUAGAUGAGCUCUACCGUGUGUCCAAAGAGUACACACACAGCAGGCCCCAGGCCCAGAGGGUAAUCAAGGACCUGAUCAAGGUGGCCAUCAAGGUGGCUGUGCUGCACCGAAGUGGCUGCUUUAGCCCCAGCGAGCUGGCCUUGGCUACCCGCUUUCGCCAAAAGCUGCGGCAGGGCGCCAUGACCGUGCUCAGCUUUAGCGAGGUGGACUUCACCUUCGAGGCUGCUGUGCUGGCCAGCCUGCUGACCGAGUGCCGGGAUAUGCUGCUGGAGCUGGUGGCACAGCACCUCACACCCAAGUCACACAGCCGCAUCCGCCAUGUGUUUGAUCACUUCUCCGACCUGGGCCUGCUCACGGCGCUCUAUGGGCCUGACUUCACCUCACGCCUUGGCAAGAUCUGUGAUGGGCUCAGGAAGCUGCUGGAUGAGGGGAAACUCUGAGGGCCCUGAACCCAGCACAUUCCUUCUUGGCGAAAUGGCUGACUGAGAAAACAACAGAUAACGGGCUUUCUAACCCUACUCAUCCGCACUAAUGCCUUUCAGUCCUCAGGCUUCAGUCUUUCCCAAGAGUGCUUUUGACUCUGAGACCACCCCACCCCCAAACUGCUGGUGGAGAAGAAGCAAUGCCGAGGGUUGAAGCCUCUCUCCCACUCCAGCCCCAAGACAGGAAACAGAGCUGCCUGAAAAAGACGAAGUGAAACUUGGAUCUCUAUUUUUCCCAUAAGAGACGUUUCAAACAGGGAAGCCCCCUCCCCUCAGAACCAGGGGAAGAAGCCACAGCCCAUCGAACUCCUCUGGGGACACUAAAGACAGGGGGCAGGGAGUGGGGGAAGGGGGCCCUUAGAGACAUCCUAGACCUUCAGCUCUAGGCAGAGCCUGGACAGAUACCAGGGGCUCUGCUCUAGAGGGCAGGAAGAAGGGCUAGGGCAGGGGAGAGUCUCACAGAGGAAAUAAAACUAUUCAAACAUG